AAGCGCGAGCCAACUAGCACCAGAGCUGCACAGUGACGUGAACGUUACUGUUGUCCGAGAUCAAUCAUGAUGGCACUGCUUUGCAGAUCCACUGGGUUACUUUUCAAACAAACUAAAUUUGUGUCAUCUGCUUUAGCGGCGACAAGACAGUGCAGUUCAGGGGGGCAGUAUCAGUACAUACUGGUUGACAAAAAAGGUGAAAAGAAGAAUGUUGGAUUCAUCCAACUGAACAGACCGAAGGCUUUGAAUGCCCUCUGUGAUGGUCUCAUGAUGGAGGUGGGCAAUGCACUUGAUACAUUUGAAGCUGACAGGGAGGUGGGAGCUAUUGUCAUCACAGGGAGCGAGAAAGCUUUUGCAGCUGGAGCUGAUAUUAAAGAGAUGCAGAACAGAACAUUUCAAGAAUGCUAUGGUGGGAACUUUCUGGCUCAUUGGAACAGAGUAUCAACAGUCAAAAAACCUGUUAUUGCUGCCGUAAAUGGAUUUGCUCUUGGUGGAGGAUGUGAAUUUGCAAUGAUGUGUGAUAUAAUCUAUGCUGGAGAGAAGGCACAGUUUGGACAACCAGAAAUCUUGCUGGGGACCAUCCCUGGUGCAGGUGGCACUCAGAGGCUUACGAGAGCAGUAGGUAAAUCUCUUGCGAUGGAGAUGGUACUGACAGGAGACCGAAUCUCAGCUCAAGAUGCAAAACAGUCCGGUCUGGUAAGUAAAAUAUUCCCAGUGGACCAGUUGGUUUCAGAAGCUAUCAGGUGUGGAGAAAAAAUAGCUGGGAAUUCCAAACUUGUUUCAGCCAUGGCAAAGGAAGCUGUUAAUGCAGCAUUUGAACUGACCUUAGCUGAAGGCAGUCGGCUUGAGAAACGAUUAUUCCAUGCAACCUUUGCCACGGAGGACCGAAAAGAAGGCAUGACUGCCUUUGUUGAGAAGAGAAAGGCUACUUUCCAGGACAACUAGAAUUCCUGUGGAAAAUAUGGUUGUUUUAAAUACUGAUAUGUAGUUGUCAUCAAAUGCUGAUAUUAAAAUGCUCUACUUUGCCAUAAUGCCA